AUGGCAGAGCGCCUUCGCAUCCUCGUUGUUGGCUCCGGCGGCCGCGAGCACGCUUUCGCCUGGAAACUCGCACAGUCACCCACUGUCGACGUUGUGCACGUAGCGCCCGGCAACGGCGGCACCGAUGCAGGUGACAAAGUCCUCAAUGUUCCGAUUGCUGUCGACGAUUUCACGGAGCUGGUCGCGCACGCCCGCAAGCAUGGACUAAACCUGGUGGUGGUGGGUCCGGAGGCUCCAUUGGUAGCGGGCAUCGAGGGCAUCUUUCGUGCCGUGGGGAUCAGAUGCUUCGGGCCCAGCAAGGCGGCGGCACUGAUGGAGGGCAGCAAGACCUUCAGCAAGGAUUUCAUGCAGAGGCAUGGGAUCCCAACGGCCGCAUUCCGGAAUUUCUACGAGUACGAGCCGGCCGCCCAGUACUUGGACAGCAUUGAUCAUAAUGUGGUCAUCAAGGCGGAUGGGCUGGCGGCUGGAAAAGGUGUGAUUAUCCCGACGAGCAAGCAGGAGGCGCACGAUGCCCUGAAGAAAAUCAUGGUCGCAAAGGACUUCGGCGCUGCUGGCAGCCAGGUCGUCAUUGAGGAGUUUCUCGAGGGGGAGGAGCUGAGUGUGCUCACGUUCACCGACGGGUACACUAUCCGAUCGCUGCCGCCCGCGCAGGAUCAUAAGAGGGUAGGCGAUGGAGACCAGGGCCCAAACACAGGCGGUAUGGGCUGCUACGCGCCCACGAAAGUGGCCAGCAAAGAGCUCCUGGCGCAGAUUGACCGCGAGAUUGUGCAGCCGACGGUUGACUCGAUGCGAAGGGAUGGAAUACCGUUCGUGGGCAUCUUGUUCACAGGGAUCAUGCUCACAAAAGCUGGACCCAAGGUACUAGAGUACAAUGUCCGUGGUGGAGACCCCGAGACGCAGACACUGCUCCCCCUGCUGAGUGACGACACCGAUCUGGCGAAGGUGAUGCUCGCCUGCACGGAGCACUGGCUGGAUGGCGUGGAACUGAAGGUGAAGCCGCAGUUUGCCACCACCGUAGUUGCAUGUGCAGAGGGUUAUCCCAACAGCUACGCGAAGAACCGGCCGAUCACAGUCAAGGAGGUGGGAGCUGACACGAUUGUGUUCCACGCGGGCACAAGUAUGGAUGAUAAGAAGCUGCUCAGCACAGGUGGCCGGGUCAUUGCCGCAACAGCCACUGCAGACACGCUCGAGGAAGCGGUCAAGAAAGCCUACGAGGGCAUGGACAAGAUCAAGUUCGAGGGCAUGCAUUUCCGGAAAGACAUCGCACACCGGGCGUUCAAAUUGGGCGGCGAACAGACCGACGACACGCCGUUGACGUACGCCGCAGCCGGCGUGUCGAUCGAGGCGGGCAACUCACUCGUCGAGAAAAUCAAGAAGGACGUCAAGGCCACGAGGAGGCCGGGCGCCGAUGCUGAUCUCGGUGGCUUCGGUGGCCUCUUCGACCUGGCUGCCGCGGGUUUCCACGAGAAAUCUCCUAGCAUCGUCAUUGCCACAGACGGCGUGGGCACGAAGCUGAAGAUUGCGCAUUCGAUGGACAAGCACGACACCGUGGGCAUCGACCUGGUGGCCAUGAACGUGAACGACCUGGUCGUGCAGGGUGCAGAGCCCCUGGCCUUCGUCGACUGCUAUACUUGCAGCAUCUUGGACGUGGCUACCGCAAGCAGCGUUGUCGGCGGCGUCGCCAAGGGCUGUCAGAUCUCCCACUGUACGCUACUUGGCGGCGAGACGGCCGAGAUGCCAGGCCUGCUCAACGGCAACGAGUACGACGUUACUGGCACGGCUAUCGGUGCGAUCGACAGGUCGACCACAAGGCUCCUGCCGGACAAACAGAGCAUGGUGGAGGGCGAUGUGCUACUGGGGCUGGCUUCGAACGGUGUUCACUCCAACGGCUUCUCCCUCGUGCGGAGGAUACUGGAGCGGAAGCACCUCGCACUCUCGGACACUGCCCCGUGGAAUUUGGAGGAGAGCGUGGGUGAGUCACUGCUGACGCCGACGCGCAUCUACGUCGUGCCUCUGCUGCAAGUGGUAAAGAAGGACCUGAUCAAAGGCAUGGCUCACAUCACGGGCGGUGGCCUGGUGGAGAACGUGCCACGCAUGCUCCCCGACGCACUCACGGCGGAGAUCGACGUGACGACGUGGCAGCGGCCGAAGGUGUUUGACUGGCUGCAAGAGGCUGGCAAAGUCAGCAACGAGGAGAUGAGCAGGACUUUCAACAAUGGCAUUGGAAUGGUGUUGGUCGUGUCAACUGUGGCUUUUGGGGAGGUGAAGAAGGUGCUCGAGGAGCAGGGCGAGACUGUGUACAAGAUUGGCACGCUCGUCAAAAGAACCGAGGCGGGUUGCACGCUGAAGGGUGCGGAGUCUUGGGAAUCCUCGUAA